AUGCUUUCCCACAUCCAUUAUCUUCUAUUUCUUUAUCUUUCUUUAUUUUACUCUGCAUUAUAUUUUCAUUCUCGCAUUUUUAUUUUUCUAUGUACGUCACGCAAAGAAUUUCUUUUGAUAUCUUUUCUUUAUUUCUUUCUUUCUUAUUUUCUUUCUUUCUUCUUAUCAUCUUCUUUUCUUGUUUUUUAUAUUCAACCACCGUUUGUAAAGGCCUUUAUUUUUCCUUCUUUCUUUCAUUCUUUCUUUCUUUCUUUCACAUUUCUUUCUUUUCUUUCCACAUUAUAUUUUCUUUUCUUUCUUUCUUUCUUUUUAUUUAUCUAUUCUUUUUUGCUUUCUUCGGUCACCGUUUGUAAAACUCCUUGUUUUUCUUUCUUUCUUUCUUUCUUUCUUUCUUUCUUUCUUUCUUUCCGACACUCGCUCAUUAUCUCCCACCCUUUUCUCGCUCUUUCUUCAAAAGUUUCCUCUUUUGUCACGCCAUUUGUCUCUUUCCUCUCUCUAUCUCUGCCUUCCUUUCUCAUCCUUUAUUCCUACCUCCUCGAUCCCCUAUGUUACCCCCCCAUCUCUCUCUCUCUCUUUCUCUCUUCUCUCUCUCUCUCUCUCUCUCUCUCUCUCUCUCUCUCUCUGAUUCCUGCCGUUACCUAA